AUGAAGGAAUUUAUUUCAGAAAUUUCCAGUGUGGGUCGUCUCCAGCACAGAAACCUUGUUCAAUUGCGAGGCCGGUGUAGGAAGAGCAAACAGUUGUUUACUGUUUAUGACUACAUGGCAAACGGAAGCCUGGAAAAAUUGAUAUUCCUUAACCCAGAGGGCAUCGCUGGAGGGUUGUUAUAUCUUCACGAGCAAUGGGAACGCAGAUUGGUGCACAGAGACGUGAAAUCCAGCAAUGUGUUGCUGGAUUCGGAGCUUAAUGCAAAACUUGGAGAUUUUGGGCUUGCUCGUUUGUACGACCAUACUCAAAAUUCACAGACAACUCGGGUCGUGGGGACUAUUGGGUAUAUCGCUCCUGAAGUCACAUACACAGGGAAAGUUACUCCAAGCUCGGACGUAUUCAGUUUUGGCGUUGUUUUACUGGAAGUUGCAUGUGGCAGGAGGCCUAUAGAUUUGACCAAGGGUAGUGAACAGACUAUUAUGUUGGAUUGGAGAAAAGACUUGGCAUUAGGACAGUACUGCAAAUACUUGAAGGAGAAGCUUCAUUUGCCACUGAUCAGGCUCUUUCGAUUCCUUACGAUUAAUUCUCUGUUGUCUGGCUUCAAUGCCGUGCAGUCGUUGAAUCUCUUUACCUAUUCUCUUUUGAAGAUGUAG